AGCCGGCUCCUCCCCGGGGGUGGUCCCGGGACUGGGAGGCCGCGCCGCGCACGCUCCAGAAGCGGAGGGGCCGCUGCUCGGAGCCCGGAUCCGGGCGCGGGGAUGGGGAUGGUGCGUUCCGCGCGGAGCUGCUGGCUGCUGCUGCUGCUCUUCGGGGCGCUGCCUGCGCAGGCCGACCGGCCAGGUUUUCAGCCAUUAUCUCAGCUGUCUGCUUACGAAAUUAUUGUCCCCAAGAGGAUAACAAGAAAACACCGCGAUGUGCUGACAUCCAGGGUAGCAGAGGAUGAACUAUCUUUUGAAGUUGAUGUUGAAGGAACAAAGUAUACACUUGAACUAGAAAAAAACAAAGCCCUUGUGCCCAAAGACUUCAAAGUUUAUACUUACAAUGCUGACGGCUCGCUGCAUUCUGAGAUUCUGGAUCUCAAGGAUCACUGCCACUAUCAGGGAUAUGUAAAAGGAGUAGCGGAUUCCUUGGUCGCUGUCAGCACUUGCUUUGGACUCAGGGGAUUAUUGCAAAUUGAGAGCAUCAGCUAUGGAAUUGAGCCUCUGGAUCCGCCCUCAGGCACCAAACACGUUAUCUACCGGUUGAAGAACGUGAAGGUAGAUGAGGAUCACAUGCGGUGCCAGCUUCCUGGAGAAAAGUGGGGAGGAAGAGAUCCUCAGCACCCCGACAGCGAGACUCAGCGGCUGAGAAGAAAAAGAGGCAUCCUCCUACAGACAAGAUAUGUGGAGCUCUUUAUAGUUGUGGACAAAGAAAGGUAUCAGCUGAUGGGCCAGAAUAAAACUGCUGUUACAGAAGAGAUGGUGCAUUUGGUCAACUACCUGGAUAGUAUGUACAUAGCACUGAACAUCCGCAUCGUGUUGGUUGGCUUGGAGAUCUGGACUCAGGAAAACAAGAUCCGCCUGGAAGGAGGUGCAGGAGAUGUUCUUGCCAACUUUGUGCAGUGGCGAGAGCAGGAGCUUGUCCCGCGUCAAAGACAUGACAGUGCACAGUUUGUUCUGAAGAAAGCAUUUGGUGGCACAGCAGGGAUGGCUUAUGUGGGUACUGUCUGCUCCAAGAGCCACGCCGGAGGCAUUAAUGUGUUUGGGCCCAUCAGUGUGCAGAUGUUUUCAUCGAUCGUUGCUCAUGAACUUGGCCACAACCUAGGAAUGAACCAUGAUGAUGAAAGGAAGUGUGACUGUGGUUCAGAAAACUGUAUCAUGAACUCUGGAGCAUCAGGGGCCAGGAACUUCAGCAGCUGUAGCGAGGAAGACUUUGAAAAGCUAACUCUGAGCAAGGGUGGGAGCUGCCUCCUCAAUAUCCCCAGGCCUGAGGAAACCUAUAGCAUCCCGUACUGUGGCAACAAGCUAGUAGAUGCUGGAGAGGAAUGUGAUUGUGGAACAUCAGAGGAAUGCCAGUUUGAUCCUUGCUGUGAGGCAGGAACUUGUAGACUCCACCCUGGGGCUGAUUGUGGUUAUGGAGACUGCUGUCACAACUGUCAUUUCCUGUCCAAAGGCACAGAGUGCCGUGAGCGGGCCAGUGAGUGCGACCUCCCUGAGUUCUGCAAUGGAACUUCACAGUUCUGCCCUCCAGACGUCACCAUUGAGAACGGGCACCCUUGCCACAAAGACGAGGCUUACUGCUACAACGGGCUCUGCCAGUAUUACAAUGCCCAGUGCCAGGGCAUCUUUGGGCCAAAAGCAAAGGCUGCUCCCCAAAUCUGCUUUUCCGAAGUGAAUUCCAAAGGUGACAGGUUUGGAAAUUGCGGCUACCAUGGGCAUGACUAUAAGAAGUGCUCGAGCUGGAACGCCAUGUGUGGGAAACUACAAUGUGAGAAUGUGCAAACCCUUCCUGUCUUUGGAAUCGAACCUGCCAUUAUCAAGUCUCCCAUCCAAGGUAACACCUGUUGGGGUGUGGACUUCCAGCUGGGAUCAGACGUACCAGAUCCAGGGAUGGUGAACGAAGGCACCAAAUGUGCCCCUGGAAAGAUAUGUAAGCACUACCAAUGUGUUGAUGUCUCUGUUUUGGGUUACAGCUGCAAUGCAGAGCAUCAGUGCAAUGGACGAGGGGUGUGCAAUAGCAAUAAGAACUGCCACUGUCACCCGGGGUGGGCCCCUCCCUACUGUGAUGCCAAAGGAUAUGGCGGCAGUCUGGACAGUGGACCUCCAUACAAUGAUGUGGAUAACACCACAAGAAAUUGGCUGCUGGCAUUCUUCUGCCUGAUUCUCCCUCUCCUGUUGCUUUUGCUCUUCACUUACCUUGCGAGGAAUCAGUUGGUGUCAUCCUUAAUGCCGUUGAUAGAGGCUUGUUGUGGGCGUUUCAGAAGAAGGUCAGACAAUAGGACGCAGGAGUCUGUACAUGCUUCCUACUCACCAAACAUUCCCUAUUCUACAAGGGACAUGUCGGCUCCUAUGAGCACACAAGCAAACAGAUACCCUGUGCCAGCUUACACAGCUAAUCUGCAACCGUAUUGUGACACUUAUCACUACACUUCUCCCCUUCCCUCUCCGGCAGCCAUGGGGCCAUCCAUGGAGCAGCACUGCAUCCCAAUGAGGCCUCCACCCCCUGUGCUGAAGACUGCAAAAACUCAGGAACCAAUUUACCCUUCUCGACCUGCACCACUGCCUCCUGUAUAAAACUGCCGGUUUUUCCUUCACAACCUACCCUGUUCACAGAGCCAGAGCUGCGUCUUGCAUAAAGUGGCCCUUGAAACCUUUUGUUUCCCCCCAGCACUGGCAAAGAAACAGAACAAAAUGCAAUACCAAGGAAUGUAAACUUAA